UUGUAUGGGCUUUCCCACUCGCGCUUAGGCUCGGUCCCAGAGAUCGGAGCGACUCCCCUCGGCGGCGUCCAGAGACGGAGGGGCAGUCCCAGGCUCGGCGUCGGCGGCUCCCCCUCCCGCCUCUCGCCAGUCGCCUGGCGCCCUCGCCUCCAUCCUCCGCGCACCGGCCGGCGACCCUGCAUUAAGAAGAUCCCAAGAGAGGAUCAAGGCUGUGGAAGCAAAGGAGGAGGAAGGGAAAAAGCAAGCAUGCAUAAGAGGCAGAAGACUUCAUCUCUGCUUAACUUCAAGCUAGAAGAUUUCAAGAGUAGAUUACGCAGGCUUUACAUGCUCCGUGGCUAUCCUAUGCCAUCUGAAUCUCAACGUGGUGCGGGCAUGCACUUGGUGAAUACAUUUGAAGAGCGUUUUGAUGACUUGGAUGGCUACAGUGAAGAACAUGCUCUGGUUAAAUUACUUGCUUCAAGCAUGUCUAAUUCAGUUGUCUCCCUUGCUUCUUUUGAGAGGAAUGUGAGGCGUUUCACAUGCACGGGUACUAUUUUCAGACACAUGCCUUACGAAAUGACUAUUCUAACUUCGGCUAGCUUGGUUAGAUGCCUUGGAGAUGAAGCUAAGUUUGUUAAUAAGUUGAAGAUUAAGGUGUGCCUGCCCAAUGGCAAGUUAGCUGUAGGGAAGUUAUGGAAAUAUGAUUGUAACUAUAAUAUUGCUAUUGUUAAGACCAAGUCUUUCCUGGAAUUUCAUGGAGCUCAUAUUCAUGGAGUCCAAUUUAAUUCUGAACUGUUUCAAACUAAUCUGGUAGCUAUUGGACGUUGCUAUGAAUCUGGUCAAUUAAUGGCUUCAAGUGGAAUGCUGCUACAUAAAAAUAGCAUACUUGAUUGCCAAGAACUUAUGGUCGCUACGUGUAAGAUCACAAAGGCUGGGAUUGGUGGUCCCCUAAUUGAUUCUAGUGGAAACUUUGUUGGCAUGAACUUUUAUUCUAAGGAUGAAACACCAUUCUUACCAGUCAGUAUACUUUUGAAAUGUUUCAAGCACUUUGAGAUAUCUGGGAGAGUUGUAAAACCAUCCCUAGGCCUGAGGGUUGGAUCACUUGGCGCUCAAAAAUUGAGUAUCUGUGAAGAAAUACAUAGGAGCUUUCCACAUGCACAUGGCAUUUAUGUGGAGAUGGUUCUUGAUGGAUCCCCAGCGGCACUUUCUGGAAUCAAAGGUGGUGAUCUUAUUUCAACGCUUGAUGGAGUUGCUUUGUCCAAUGCACAAGAGGUUCUAUAUAUUUUAUGAAGUUUGUUUUCAAAGAAAUUUAGUUUUCUCAUGUUUAUCCUGCAAAAUCAAGCACUCAUUUCGAUUGGAGCUCUACCAUGACAUUUCAAUAUUUCAUCCAGGCAAAGGAUCUAAUGCUGACCUCUGUUAUUUUCAAAGUUAUCGUGUUUGCACAUGCUUUCACGUGUAGGAACACAUACCUUUUCGUGUUAUAGAAAUAAUGCGUAAGGGCAGCUGGAUUUUUUAAUGGGGACA